CGGUAUUUCUGCUCAUGGCGGGGUAUUUUGCUCCCCCAGCACACUUCACCCCAACGUGCUCCUUUCGACCCGAAACUCGUUUCUUCGCCUCGAUGCCAACGCUAAACCCUGAAAUAUGACAGAAACGCACAACCUAGCGUGAAAUUGGCUUAAAACACGAGAAUCAACAUCUCAAAUGGCUUAAGAAUAGGGGUAAAAACAUGUGUAAUCAAUGGUCUAUCAUCAGUCUUGUGCUAGAAGGCAGCUUACUUCGUAGCAACUUCGAGCCUUUUGUUUGAAGCCUUCCAGAUAUCCAAUAUUUCAUCCCAUACCUUGACUUUGUAGACAAACUUACCUACUUUCUUGUGGUAAAGGCCCCUGGACUCGAAUAUCAUCCAUGCUUUUCGAAUUGAGCUCCAAAGUAGGCUUCACAAACACUUUCCCAGACUGAGCCAUUUUCGGCAAGUUUUCAUGUUUUGGCAUAGCCUUUCGAUCGGGUUCAAAAAUGGUCUUAUGGACUUCCUAUCGAGCUCCCAAGCACUUCAAUGUGUAGAGGGAUCCAACUUCAAAUCAAGCCAUUAAUCUCCAAUUUCCAUCGAGCCAAUUGUAAGCUAUGAAUCUCCAAAGUAGGCACCAUGAAAUUGUUUUUACACUGAAACAACAUAUUAGGUCGACCUAAACCUAACUGAGGCCGACCAAAAAGUGCAAGUUACGGUGACAUGCAUGUCACCAUAGGCGCACCCAUUAAUUUAUUUCAUACGUAGUCACUUAAAUUCGUUCAACAGUUCAAGUUUGGGCACUCUCCGUUGGUCUCCGUUAACUUUAGCUGAUGUGGCGGUCAACUUUGAGAGUUGAUCGCUAAAUAGUUGACGUGGCAAUUAAAAAAUAAUAAAUAAAAAAAUUAAAAAUUUAUAAUUUCCACCUCACUUUAACAAAAUAUUAAAAUAAAUAAAACAAAAAAAUGUAAUCUUUUAUUACUCGGCUACACAUUAUCAACAACUAAAGGAAAAAAAACAACCAGGGAAGAUUUCAUAUCCCACCAGACGUGAUUUCUCAUGUUCUUGUUUCAUUCAGAAUCAGAUGAUGAAGAUGGUUAGGAAGUUGGUGGAGGUAGCAAGGGAGCUCCCAGUCCUCCCACUUGCGCGAAUGCCCGGGCGGCGGUGGAUUCUUCUUCGUUUCUGUCGUCCGCGAGCCGCUUCUCAGAUCUGGUACCCCAAAUCUCUGGCGCUCGUACCCAGUCGUGCGCUUUGUACAACAAGCUGAGGUGGCGAAGAUCGAUGCGGAGACGAAGAUCAUUGCGAUUCAGCGGCAGCGGAAGGUCAAUUUCUAAUUUCAAUCUAGAUUUCUUGAUUUUCAUCUAGAAAUCGAUUGGUUGAUGAAUCUAGGUACCCUCUUUUGAAUGACUAUUGAUUGAUUAAUGAUUAUGGGUGAAAGUUGAUCGAUUGAAGAUCUGUGUGUUAUUUUCCAGGUACAAGAGGAGAAUUGGGAUUUGUACAACAAGCAGAGGAGCGGAGGGAGUACUGUACGGGAGAGAGAAGGAGGCGAAGUCCUAGAUGGUGACAGCGAAGGAGGCGUUCUUCGCGCGGCAGCUGGCCUCCGACGCGGAGUUGUACCGGAAGCAGAAAGAGGCGGAAGGGAUGAUGGCGCUAGCCAAGGCGCAGCGGUUUUAUGUGAAGACUCUGCAGGAUGUGCUGAGAGGGGACUACUAUGGUGCAUUGAGAGAUUACCUGAUGAUCAACGGCGGCAUGUUUCAGCAGAUGGCUAAGAUCAAUGCGGAUGUCGUUCGUGGACUGCAACCGAAGCUAAGCAUCUGGACGGUGGGGAUGUUGCUACCGGCGGCGGAACGGGGAUGAGCUUGUUGGAUGGGCGUAUGUUACGGUUAUAAGACUAACUCCAACCCUUGCUUGCAAAUUUGGAGAUUGGAGUGUUGGGGUGGAUAGGUAGCAGCUGAAAGGGGGAAAGGGGGCAAAUAUAGCAGCUCAAAAGGGGACCACGCGUGCAGGCGAGGCCCAACCGCGGGAGGCGCGCCUGGGCCGCACGCGCGCGGGAGGAAGGGCUUCCUCCCGCGCGCGUGCGGCCCUGGCGCGCCUCCCGCGGUUGGGCCUCGCCUGCACGCGUGGCCCCCCUCUGCUGUGUGCUUUUUUUUUCAAUUUUCAGUUUGUUUGGGUGGUAUUUGUGUGGGUGUGUUUGCGUUUUAGUUUGAAAUGGGUAAUGUAGUGACAAUAAAACGGUCACAUUGCA